AGGAUUGUAGUCACCGUCCAAGAUCAUACAGGUUGCGAAGAGUUUGCCUGAGAGCUGUCAGAGAAAGUGGAAACACCUUCAUCUUAGCAUUGUUUACGUCAAUAUGCGAUUGAUUUAGCAUUAAAUAUCAGCGGAGCGGAGAGCAUCGGAUUCCCUGUUCAGAAACCCGGAUAUAAAAGGCUGUCAACAUGAAUUCUAUACUAUCACCUGUACAAUCGCUCGUGCAGAUGUUCAAUGGCAAAGUACAAGAAUUCAUCGGUGACAUUGAUAAUGUCCACAUGGUUUGGCUUGAAGAGAUCCAACAAGAAGCCAACCGCAUGUUCUCAAAAGAUUUCAAUGCUGAGCCAGAAUUAAUGCCAAAAACGCCAUCACAGAAAAAGAGCACUCGCAGGAAGCGUGUGUCUUUGGGCCGUCAGGAGGAAGGUCAAGCGAGGCGAAGAUUUUCAAAGGGAAAGCGCAGCAAACUUCAUGACUCCUCUGUCAAAUCGCUGAACUUCAUUGCUGAAGAGGAGACCGUUCCAGAGGCCUCCACCUCUGAAGCCAACGCCACCACACAGCCUAAACGCACCACCCGCAAAAACAAACAGACAAAGUCUGAGGCAGUAGAGGACGAGAGCCAGUUACCUCAUGGCAGCUGUGAAACUCAGGAGGUGGAGAACAAGAAGCCAGAGCAGGCAGAGGAGGAAGAGAUGGACAUAAGCAACAAGGCGAAACAUGCAGAAGUCGAGCUGGACCACUUAUGUAGCACUACCCAGUGUGCACCUGAAAUACCAUCACCUGAGGUUGUUGUCAGCAUCUCUUCAGCAGACCGCUUGUCCGCAGAGCGUGCUUCUCCUGGCCGUACAGCUGCUAAGAUUGCCAUAGCUGGUGCAGCUCAGAAGUCACGACGGAGCUCUGUACGGUGCUCCCUCAAGCUCCGUCACUCGCUGGCUGGUCUGCGGCACAGUAUGACUCAGGAGUCUGUUCGCCGUGCGUCACGGCGUUCCAUGCUGAAGAGGAAGGUGGCUCACAUGGCCAGCUCCACAUGUAGCAGCAACACUGAUGAGGACUGUCCAGAGGAAGAGGAUAGAGAGGCCAUGUUAGAAGCUGUGACUGCUGAGGAAGAGGAUAAUGCUUCAGGUGAAGAAUCCAAGGAAACUCCGGAGACCGACGUUAACCAACAGCUUCAUCCGUCUGUUGGACGCAUUACUCGAUCUGUGGCUGCAAACUCCCCCACACUGGCACCCCCGUCACUGUAUAUCAGUAAGCAGACAAUAAGCACUCCCAGCAAGAGAACAGUUGGCACUGAGAAGCAACGGACUUCCAAGUCAGGUCCAAGGUCACGCCCAAGUACCAAACGCAAAGCACCAGAUACUGCAGAGGAAAGUCCUACAAAGAGGUUCUCUCCUCCCAAGAAGAGUCAAAGUGCAGUCAAACCCAACAUGAGAUCCUUCCUCCACACUGUGCAGAAGAAUCAGUUGCUAAUGAUGACUCCAAAUAGCCUCGGCCAUGCUGGUGUUAUCAAGUCCUUCAUUAAACACACCACUCCUAUGAAGGUUGAUCCUAAGUUGAGCACUGGUUUAGUGACAAAAGAGCGUCAAAAACUGGAAGCACUCAAAAAGAAGCAGGAGCUCGAGGAGGAAAGAAUGAAGAAAAUGGAGGAGGAGAGGAAAAGGAAACAGGACGAGCUUAAAAGGAAGAGAGACGAGAGGCUAAGAAGAGUGUUUGAGGCCAAAGUAAAAGAGGAGCAGAGGGAGGAAGAAAAGAAAAAGAAGAUUGAGCAAAAAAUGGCUCAGAUUGAUGAGAAAAAUGAUAAGCGUCUGGCAGAGGAGAAGGCCAAGAAGAAGGUGGCUGCUAAACGUCAAGAGGAGCUGGAGCUGAAGAAGAAGCUGGAAGAAGAGGCUAAAAGGAAGAAGAUCCAGCAAGCAGAGGAGAAGCGGCAGCAAGAGUUGCUGGCUCAGAAGAAGGCCGAGGAGGAGGAACAGCAAGCUCGUAAGCUGGCCGAAGCUCGCAGAGCGCUGGAGCUGAAGAGGGAGCAAGAGCGUGAGAGGGAGAGAGAGCUGGAGAGAGAACGACUCGCUGCUGAAAGAGAGCGAGUGGAAAAGGAAAAAGCUCUGGCUCUGCAGCGAGAGCUGGAGAGAGCAGCAAGAGAGAAGGAGAGGAGAGAGCUGGAGGAGAGGAGAAAGGCACUCGAGGAAAAAAGAAAACUGGAGGAGCAGCAGAGAUUAGCUGCUGAAGAGAAAGCUGCACAAGAGAGAGAAGCUGCUGCUAAGCAGAGGGAAGCUGCUGCUAAACAGGCUGCUGCUAAACAGGUCACUGCUGCCCUGAAUGAGACAGUGGAUAUCGAGAAGUCUGUAAUGAGCACACCUGUAGGAAAAGGUGGUGGCCUCAAUGUGACCAUUGAUAUUGAGAAGUCACCACAAUCCUACGCCAUCACUCCAAAGGGCGGCAACAAACCUUUGAUGUCCAAAAGUGCAGAAGAUUAUGGGAUGGACCAGAACAGUGACGACUCUACUGAUGAUGAGUCUGCCCCGAGGAAACCUAUUCCAUCCUGGGCUGAAGGUCACAACCUGCAGCAGAUAAUUAUGAAGCAGUACUUCAGCCCUCCUGAUUUAGACUCUUUCUUCGGAACAAUUGAACCACCCAGACUGGAAAACAUGUUUUACAAGAGCAAGCCUCGCUACUUUAAACGCACCAGCUCUGCUGUGUGGCACUCACCUCCAGUUGGAUCCAAAUGUCUGUGAAACUGAUGCACAUGUACAUUACUGUAUAAAGUUAAAAUUUUGUUUUAAACUCUGUUUCCAAUAACAUAACAAGGCUUAAGGUUUAAGGCAUCAACAUUUUAGGAAAUUUGAUAUUAGUUUGUAAGAUAUCAUGGAUAUAAAUGAUACAUAGGUGAUGAAAUUGAUGUUUUCAUGCUUGUACUUGAACAUGGAUGUGUUUUGUAACACAGCUGGGAUGUGAAUGUUUCAAUGAUUUUGUGAAAUCAUCCAGCAGGGCUAGGAUCCUCCUUUUAGCUCUGGCAGGUGAGUGGCAUUCAUUUGGCAGUUUCUCUUGGCCUGCUGACAAAUGGGGGGCCAAAUUUCUGUGCAUGGUUUGAUGUCAGGACGGUCCAGCAUCCGUAAAUCUGUUACUUUUUUUUUUCGUUCUUUCUUUGCAAUUG